UUGAUCUUCUGGGUCAAAUAAAAAUUUCAACGUUUUUCUCUACAGUGACAGUAAUGCUUUUUACCCGCCUCCUCUCAACUUCAAUCAGACUUCCUUGGGGUGUCCAAUUGAGUAUAUACACUGCUCCCAUGUAUUUUAUGGCCUUUAUGUCAAUUAUUGGAUUAAUUCUGAUAAUUAUUGGUUUCGAUGGUAAAAUGGAUAAGCCACACAAACCACACGGAGAUGAGAACACUGGAGUAUCUAAUAAUUGUGACGAGAAAUGGGCGAUUAAAAGCAAAGUUCAGCUGGGUACUUCGCCUAUAGAUGCCGAAAAGGCGCAUUUGGAGAUUGUUCCUUCGAGUGACGACACUCCCAAAGUUGAAAAACCAAAAGCUUUUCAAUUUGAUUGGGUUGCUAUACUUGCUUGUAUCGUUGCACGCCUUUGUAUUUGUUUUCUGAUUUUAUACCUUACGGCAUUGGCUGUGCCCUACUCAAUGACUACUUUUGGAUGGAGUGGAGAACAAAUGGUAGCUUUUAUUCUAAUUUUUAUGUUGAGAUUCUGGUUAAUAUUCUGA